AUGGAGCAACUUUUUACUAAAGUGCUUUCUCCGACUGAUACAACCCAUAGGCUGACAAUUCCCGCGGCCAAUUUGGGAGAUUUCGAGUUUCCCAUGGGAGAGCAUGCAAUUGACAUUGAGGCAACAGACACUAUACAGAGACAGUGGAUCUUCAGGCUGUCCAUUCGCCAGGAUAACAAUCCAAACCCAAGACCAGCAUUCACCGGUCAGUGGAUUCAAUUUGUGAACGAAAAAGGUCUUAGGGUGGGGGAUAGGAUUAUUUUCUCCAGGCAACAAGUUGAAGGUAAUGGCGUGCAAUACAGCAUCAGGGCUGAGAGAAGAAUAUUCAAUUAUUGGGUUAAUGUUCAGUGA